GAUGCCUACAAAUCCGAUUUUUCAGCCCUGUUUCGAGACGUGUUUGACUGUGGAUUUCGAGAGGACGCUACAUUGAAAAGGGCAAUUCCUCCGUCCGUGAGGAGAUCAAAGAGGUUAACUUAUUGGCGGUAUUUAAGUCCAGAAUUCACCAAAGUGACAUUCAGUAACGCUUGCAAAGCUAAGAAAUUAACCGUGGCCAAAGUAAUGCAAACUCGACUGCCACGAAAUAUUGGAAUACAAGAACUUCAGAGGGUCUGUAAUGCGGACCCAGCUAAAUUUGACUGUUUGAUUAUACAUCUGGUAAGGGAUCCGCGUGCUAUGGUGUCGUCUCUGCUAGGCCGCAAGUUCUUCACGAAGGGACCUGAAAGAAAACUGUUUACUUCAAGUCCCUUAACCACGGAAGGAUGGGAACUAGUGAAGCAACACGCAGAGUUGAUGUGCUCGCAAGUUUCCAAUAAUAUAAACUACGUAAAGGAAAACUGGUUAAACUGGUUUAAAGGCCGAUACAAGGUGAUCCGUUAUGAAGACAUUGUAGGUAACGUUACAAACACGGCGGAGGAGUUGUACAACUUUGUUGGCCUCUCCAUGGAUGAGUCGAUAUAUCGGUGGAUUGUGAAAGGUGAAAAGCCCGAAGGAACUGGCGGAUCAACUUUUAAGGUAUCGGAAAAUGAUAUUAAGAGGACAGGUCAUUGGAGAUUCGACCGAGACUCCUCGCUAGUUUCCAUGUUUGAGGAGGCAUGUGCUCCACUGAUGAAACUAACCGGCUACAUUUUUGUCAAUGGCUCGGAAUAUCUUCAGCACGACGUUAGCAAGCCGCUACUAACUGAGGAGAUACCGUUUAAAAAGGACCCUCAGCUGUAA